CUCCGUUCGUUUGGUGCAUGCGUCGCGCGCCGCCACGGCCGGAUGUGAACUGCGACACAGAUUCAAGAGGCCACAAGCGCACGAGUCUAUUUGUUUUUGUGAUAAGGCCGAAAGACGGACGGAGGUUGUUUCUCCCUCCCCCCUCCCUCUCACUGAGUGAGAUGUCGUCUCUCUCGCAUGGGCUAAGACCUCAGUCGAGCAUUUGCAAGGGUAGUUCAAACCGAGAGCUCGAGAUGCCAACACGAAAUCUACGUUGCACUUCGACAACUUUUCAGCGCUCGUUUCCCAAGUUAAAACAGCCCCUCACCUAACCCAGGUGCGACGCUCGGAGUUUGGGACCAGCAGUCAACCCAGGUCGAUAUUGUUUUGGUUCGUCAGCUGAUCGCGCGCUGCUCGACUUUGCGUGUGGAGAAAUAGUUGUUACUUGUACUUUCUUCACUUCGACUAGAAUUAUUUUUAUUUUUGUUGGAGUUCCCUUCUCUGGUGUAAUUACACAACUUAUUUUGCUCACGUGUGUGCUUGUGCUCUUCUAGUGUUGGAAACAUUAUCAUUGUUCGUCGUCGUCGUCUUCGUCGUCGUCGUUGUUAUCGCCUGCUCGGAGAUACAUUCAUAACCAACCCAUCACUCGGAAUCUUAUCGCAGCAUCUGCGUGAAGAGCCUGCUCAAGAUAACGCCACUCUGUUGUUGUCUCUUCGGAGAACUGCACCCACGCAGUGAACUUCGUAACGACACUACCGAACCAUCCUUCACGGUUCCAAGAAAGCAAAGAAGAAGGAAGCAAACAAGUAGAGAGAGGAAAAGUGUUCUGCCUUCAGGGCUGUCCUAUCUCUCUACGUGACGGGCAGGUGUAACAAGGUCCCUCUAUACUACAACCUCGGAGUCCAGAACUUUGGUCCUUUAUACCUAGGGCUCGCUUUGGGAGACCUGGGGUAUUGGUAUCGUGACGUCACGUGCGGCGUGGAGCGUCAGGACUUUUUUCCUUCUGUUUUCGUUUCGCAUCUCCUCGUCCUUCUCCUGGAGCAGUCACAACAAACAGAGAUCCGCUCGUCGGCAAACACGCUGCUCUGAUCCGUCCUAGCGACGACCAUCACGGCGCAACACUCCCACGACAGCAGCGCUGCAGAGUGGGUGGACAGAGGUACACAGAGCUAGACGCAACACUGACGCCGGGAGGGCGUGUGGAUUUUCCUAUUGCGAUCUCCCCAAGUCCGGAGAGAAACUGAGACCGUCUUGAACACAGAAUCGGUGUCGGGAAGGAAGGGAUUAUAAUACAGCCUUCUUCUGUUCACGGGAGUUGUCAGAAGGCAACGUUAACUGUAAAAUUAACCUGUAGGUACCUAACAACGCUGAAGAUACUUGACUACGCUGUGGAUAUAUUAUACAUACUCGACAGAGGCAGUGAUAGAAGCUGUGCCUUAGUCCCCCGAAAAAGAAAUCCCCUGUGGUUGUUAAGGAGGAGCAAGGCUCGACAUCGCUGAUAGAACCACAGGGACUCGAGGUCCAAUGACGGCUCCGGAAUGCGGCUGUCUAUAAGCCGGGUGGCGCUGCCACUCUCUUCCCAGCAAAGCCAUGCCCCUGACCACCUGUUGCCCCUCCACCACAACAGUCACUGCUGCCACAACAACAACAGCAGCAGCAGCCACUGCAGCCUCAGCAAAAGUGACAGAAGUUGCUGCAGCAACAGCAGCAACAGCAGCAACAGCAGCAACAGCAGCAACAGCAGAGGCGGCGGCUUGGGCAUGUCCACAGUGCAGAGAGCCGCCACCCUCGCUCUGGUCCUGGCCUCCCUGCUCAUGGCCUCUGACCCUCUCUUUGGCGGUACAGGAGCCGGCGUAGGCGCUCUCUCCUGCGCUGCCUGUGACCUUGAACUUUGUCCCAACACGACGGACUGUCCUGGAGGCCUGGUGCUGGACAUCUGUCACUGCUGUCACGUGUGUGCGCAUGUGCAGAAUGAGAGUUGCGGCGGACCUUUCGGUAUCCUGGGGAAAUGUGACCGGAAUUUACAUUGUUUCAUUCAGCCGAUUCCUGGAGAACCUAUCCGGGGCGACGAGGCUGGCAUCUGCGGUGAAAUCAAGGAGAUUGCGUGCAACGACACAGACUGCCCAGCAGUCUACGAGCAACAUCUCUGUCCAUCAGACUCUUAUCUCGUCAUCACCGAUCUCCGGAACCGCGACUUCGAAGACGCCGCUCAACUCUUUGACCUCGUUUACGACGACGACGACGACGACAACAACAGCAACGGCGAUGUCCACGGCAGCGACAACAACAACAAUAAAAAUCGGGACUUUUACGAUAAUAAUGACAGCGUCGCCCCAAGAGACAGCGAAAAGGAUAACAGCAGGAAGUCGAGGGAUUACUUAGAGAACGACAGUCUUUUGCUUCUCAACAGUAAAGACAACAGCAAUACUGCUGCUGCUGCUGAUGCUGCGGCUACUACUGUUGCUGCUGGCACUUCCGCCGACAUUGUUGACGACAACUACAGCGACGAGGAAGCGGAUGAUAACGUCGAUAAUGACGACGAGCUUGAGUUGUUGGACGCUGAGCCGACGUCGUAUUGCGUGUGUAACGUCAGCAAGUGCGAGGUGCCCACCUGUGCCGCCGGAUACACGAGACAGUUGGUCAAGAACGGCACGAGGAUGCCUGGCUCGUGUUGUGACGUAUACCAGUGCUGGAAACCCAUGGAUGCACGUGCCCCUCGGAGAGCGAGUGUGAGCCCGUCUGGUGUCCGGCCGGCUUCCAGGUCCAGGUCAUCUCUCGAGCCUCCAGACUCCCUGGCUCUUGCUGCGACCGAUUUCGCUGCGUCAACGGUUGUGUGUCGGACUCGGGUGACCUGUACAACAACUCAGCCGUGUGGAAAGAGAACGACUGCACCACCUGCACCUGCAGAGACGGACACGCUCAAUGCCAGGCAGAGAUGUGUGCCGUACACUGCACCAACCCACAAGCCGUGCCAGGCCAGUGCUGCCCCGUCUGCCCAGAGGAAGAAAAAACUGCCAGCCCUGAGGUAAAGAGCCUGUGCCCUAGCCUGGAGGGCUGCUCUCUCUCCUGCCCUCACGGCCUGCAGCAGUCAGACACUGGAUGCUUUCUCUGCCAGUGUAAACAAGAAAUAUGUACCUUGGACUGUCAGUACGGGCUGAAAUCGGAUGUGGAAGGCAAACAAAUCUGCGAGUGUAAAGGAGUAGACAGCCUGUGCUCUCACUGGGAGCAGAGCAAGUGUGAGAAGAAAUGCGAGUAUGGCUACAAGAGAGGCAGAGACGGUUGCCCCAAGUGCAAAUGCAAUAAAUGCCCCAUGUUCAACUGCACCAAGCGUUGUGUCCACGGACACAUUCUCAACGAUGAAGGCUGUGCCGUGUGCAAAUGUAAAGAGUUGCCAGUACUAGACCUGAUUAGCCCCAGCAAGUCGGAGAUUCUCAAAUCUGAUGGGAAAUCAUGCAUGUCUCGGCAUGGUGCUCGCCACAUCAAUGGCGAAUCGUGGAAUGAUGGAUGCCGCAUCUGCUACUGUCACAAUGGUGUUGAAAUGUGCUCCCUGAUUUCCUGUCCAGCCCCUCACUGCCCAAAUCCUGUGUUCAGAGUGGGCGACUGCUGCCCUUCUUGUCCAGGCCUGACCAUACUAUCUCCAAAUGGAGAGAAGGAAAUGUGCCAGUCUUCUCUUGGUCACUACUACGCAGAAGGAGAGACAUGGAAACUGGACGAGUGCACUCACUGCGUGUGCCACGGUGGGUCCAUCCUGUGUGAGACGCCCUCCUGUCCUCCAGUCCUCUGCCAUCAUCCUGUCAAACUGGAGAGCGAAUGUUGUGCUGUGUGCAAAGGCGAAGACCUCAGCCUCCUUCCCAGCUCCGCCUUCCGCCAGCACUGCCGGUCCAGCACUGGGAUGCUGUACAAGCAUGGGGAAUCCUGGCAGUCAACGCCGUGCCAGAGCUGUGUUUGCCAAGACGGACAGAUCCACUGCUACAACCAGAUGUGCCCUCUAGUCACCUGCAAGAAGACAUUCCUCCGCAAGGGACAGUGCUGCCCCACUUGUGCUGAAAUGGACAAACCCAAAGUCUGCACCUCCAACGGCAUAAUGUUUGAUGAGGGAGAGAAAUGGGAAGGAGAUAACUGCACUCAGUGCGUGUGUCUUGACGGCAAGACAGAGUGCUUCCCCUUGACAUGCCCAUCCCUUCAUUGUACCGUUCUCGUUAGAAGGAAGGGUGGAUGCUGCCCAGAAUGUUACGAUUUGUCCAAGCUUACUUCUCACAGUUCUGACUCGAGAGGUUCUGGACACAUCAAUAUCACAGGAUCCCCCCUUGACGAAUCUCAGGAGGAGGAGGCAAACAUCAUUGGGUACACAGUGAUGGGAGUUCUUCUGGUGAUUUUAGUAGUUGCUGUUGUGAUCCUCGUCUUCUGCUUAAUGAGAAGAAACCAAAAGUCCAAGUUCAAAAUGAGGCCGAAAUCAAUUAUCUUGGAGCUUCAGGGCCAGAUGCCCUUCCUCCCAGACAGCCAACCAAAGACAGUUAAAACAGACAAACAAUAUUUAGAAAAAUUUUGCUCCGGCAUUGCUUCUGAAAAAGGAAAAGGCGACCGGGCCAGCAAUCCAUACACUGAGAUGGUUUUUGUGGACCAAAACAAAGAAACCAUGGCAAAUGGACAUUUUCUGGCAAUGAAAACGUGAGCUCAUGCCCAGGCCAAAGUAUACUGAAUGAAUCUGAGCGGAAGCCCAAAUGUGUUUUGUGCCGGAGGCUUGAGGACAGACAAAGUUUCAGAGCCAACAUGGCCUAGUGUUCUGUUGAACCCUGUCACAGCCUGGCAAGGAGUUUUACAUUCCGUUCCAUGCAUCAUCUCACGCACAGUUUCCCAUUGCUGUCACAUCACUUCACCCUCGGCUCUGUUAAAACAUGUAACUGGCUUUUGUGACUGAAGUUCACAGUUCAGCACUGUUCAGAAUUGUGUUUUUAAGAAUGGCAAAUGUCUCUUAAACUGUUAUCUGACAGGAUUAUUCCAAAUUCUUCCGAAACACGUUGCUCAUGUCUGGCAGAAUGCUUUGAGGAACAUUUUUUUAUGUCACCUAACAGGCAGCGAUAUAUGAAAGCUCAAGAAAUUCCUUAACAGAUAACAGCUCACUAAAUCUGGAGAUAGCAGGCAAAUCUUUUUCCAACAACCUUCUUAAACAAUCCAUGCUUAUUUUACUGUAGAAACUACCUGCUAAUGCCAAAUAUUUUUUAAUCACUUUAUGAGAGAAACCAAAAAAAUCCUCACCUGAUUUUUCUGUAUGUACAAACAUAUCAUUUCUCAUUUCUUGAAGCAACGCUUGUCAUGAAUUUACUUGUGACGGGGAAUUUUGGCACAGGGUUGUAGGCUUCUAUAAGCAUGAGAAUCACUUAAUUUCUUUGACUCAUAAUUACUACUGAUCAUUUUCUCAUCAAUCAAAAUUAUUGCUCAUGAGAUGCAAAAGCAUUGCUACUUUAUACAUCAGCCAUCACUUUUGUCAAAUAUAUUAUACAUCUAUGUAUAUGUACAUGAAGUUUACCUUGUGAGGGUUUUGUUUCAUGCAUCGUUUAAGGACCUUCAUCAAUGCUAUUGUUUUUCAAUUCACUGUGCUUAUCAUUUUAUAACAGUUGGUAAAGUUAUACCAAUAAGUUCAUCCACAUCCAUGUAAGGUGUGCACAUGAUAUGACCUGUCCAAGUCAGAAGUUGUGCAGUGACGAUUUUUCUCCGUGAGAUUUUGACUUGUAAAGGGGUGAUGACAUGGCAGUUGGACAUGUUGACUGUGACAGUCACAUCAUGUGCGCACUCUUUACCCGCAUCCUGAAACCAGUCUCAUAAACUCGCUUAAUUCCUCAUCUUCUUCAGCCAGUCAAUGUUGUCUAGUUUUAAGGCCAUUUAUUCACCUGUUGUAACAGCAUUAUUGUAAGUUGUACCAGAUCAAAAGCCUAGAAUGUUAUCUGUAGGAGAUAAAUACCAUGACCAAGAUGUCUUUAUUGAUGUAUGUACCAUUUUUGUAUGAUUCUCCUUUUUGUAAACCUAUGUUAUAUCUUGACAGAUCAACGUGUUUGUUAUACCAAAGAUAGUACAUAACAAGAUGGGCCACUUCUCUCUUUGAGCCAAUUAAAAAAGUGUCCUCAAAAUUUGGU